GAGAGGGGCAAAACAACUAAUACCCCCCACCCCCACCCCACCCCAGAGGUGGAACAUCAGUAAAUAAGCGAAGAGGAGAGGAAAGAAAGAAGAAAAGCAGCGUUUUGUCCCCUGUGAAUGGAUAUUGAAACAGAAGGUGGCUGGUGAUUAGCAGAGGGGGCGAGUUCGCCCCUGUGUGUGUGCGUGCGCGUGUGAGCAAAAAGAAAACGUGAGGAUGGAUUAACAGAAGAAGGAGUGGGAGCAAACGAAGCCUUGGUGGAGCAGAGGGAAGGGGUCAGAGAGAAGGCUGACAAUAUGAUGCCCAGUUUUCUGAGCGAAGGGAACCCUCUGAGCGCCGUAUCUUCUGUGGUCAACAAAUUCCAUCUCUUCGACUCCAAGAGCGAGAGCGAUGCCAAGGAGGAGGCGACCAAGAAGCAGAGAGGUGUCCAGGGCGGGCGAGCUCCGGUGAAAUCUGCCUCCCAGCAACUGUUCAGGAGACAGGAGGAGGGGACGCCUCCGAGCAAGGCUCCUGGCGGGCCAACUCCAUCUCCAUCUCAGCCCCAUCUUGGCUCUGUGCUGCAGGGCAAAGGGGGCCAGCCUCACCCCCAGAGCCAAGCCCAACCCAAACCCAAACCCCAACUCCUAGCCCAAGCAAAGCCCCAAGCCCAGCCACCUUCAGCACCACAGACAGCUCCCGGGCCCCAGAAACAGAGCCGCCUUUGCCCCAUCUGCACCACCACCCAACUCCACCACCUGGACCAGCCCGAGAAAACCAAUGCCAGCCAGUGUACCCAGUGCCAAACCCUCGUCUGCAGCCAGUGUGGGUUCAACCCCAACCCCCACAUCACACAGGUCAGAGAAUGGCUUUGUUUGAACUGUCAGGUGCAGCGGGCCAAGGGGAUGGCCAUGACCUCGUCCUCGGGCCCCAAGCCUCCUCCCCAGGACCGCAAGCCGGCUCAGGGGCCACCAGCGACCGCCCCCCUGGGAGCCAAACCGGGCCCUCAGCCUGCCUCCCCGAAGAAGGAACCGGCUCAGAGACCCGAGCAAGCCAAGCCCUCCCCACAGCCUCAACAAGGAGCCCCGAAGAAGCAGCCAGUAUUGGCCAAGCAGCAAUCCAUGUCUGGCUCUCCCCCAGCGAAGGCCAAACAGGCGGGUCAUAGGCCUCAGGUUGAGCAGCCUUCAACCGGGCCUCAACCCAAACAGCCGCCUUCUGGGACUCAGGUUCAGCAGGCGUCAACUGGGCCUCAACCUCAGCAACCUCAGGCUCCACAGCCCACGACUGGGCCUCAGACUCAGCAGCCGACAGCUAGGCCUCAGGCUUCUCAGGCAGCAGCUCAGAAAGUCGAUCCAACUAAAGCGCCACAGCAGCCGGAGAGUGAGAAGCCGCCGCAGGCUGUGAGAGGCCUCUCAGAGCAGACGGCUCCCGUUUCCCAGGGGCCGGUGGCCAAGCAACCCCCGCAGGGCCCCCAGGCCCAGCCGCCCGGGCUGCGGAAGGAACCGGAACACAGUAAGGAAACUCAGCCGGACUCUAGGACACCACAAAUGCAGACACAGGCCGGGGGGAAGCCAGCGGCCCAGCAGGUAAAAACCGGGGCCCCUGUAGUCAAAGAUGGGCCUCAACAGAAAAUGCCAGGCCAGACCCCCGCAGACAAGGCCUCGGCAACCAAGGGCCCAGGCCCCAAGACCCCCAAACCACAGGCUACGAAAGUGGAGGCGAAGGGAGGGCCGCAAACCAAGCCCACAGCUGCCCAGCCCCCGCCCCAGCCCGCCGAGCAGCCCCGGCGCUUCAGCCUGAACCUCGGGGGGGCCUCCCAGGCUGCCCCCCCGCAGUCCUCCACCCCCCAGGAGUCGGUGACGGGCAAAUUGUUCGGUUUCGGGGCCUCUCUGUUCAGCCAGGCCUCCACCUUGAUUUCCACAGCCCCUGCACCCCCGGCGGGGAAGGCAGCUCCCCCCGCAGCCCCCCAGCCCGCAGCGAAGGAGCCCCCCGGCCCCCAGCCCCCACCAGCGGCCGCGGCGAAGAAAACAGCAACGAUCUCCGAGACACCUAAACAACCGGCCUCAAAACCGGCAGACACAGGGCAGGCCGGGAAGGACCCGGGGCCGGUCAAGAAGGGCCCACAGACAACAACAGCGGCGGCUAAAGACACCAAACCAGCCUCCACCUCCUGCCCUCUCUGCAAAACCAGCCUGAACGUGGGGUCCCGGGACGCCCCUAACUUCAGCAGCUGCACCCAGUGCCGGACGGUGGUGUGUAACCUGUGUGGCUUCAACCCCACCCCUCACCUCACCCAGGUGAAGGAAUGGCUCUGUUUGAACUGUCAAACUCAGCGGGCGCUCUCCGGGCAGCUCGGGGAGCUCGGCAAGAUGCCCCCUCCCCUCCCAGCCUCGUCCAAGGUGCCGGCCAAGCAGAGCGGCCCCCCGCAGCCCGCGGCCCCCAAACAGCAGCAGAGACAGGGAGGGUCCGUCCCAGCUUCAUCGGCGGCCAAACCACCAGCCCAGCAACCGCAGCCGGCUCAGCCGAAAGGCAGCCCGGCACAGACCGGCACCGCGGGACAGGGCCUCACAAAGGACACUGGACAACAGAAACUUACCGCAGCUCAGGACACCCCGAAAGAUACUCCGCAGAGCACCCCGAAGGACACCGAGCCACUGGUCAGCGCAGCACAGGGCGCCCCAAAGGACGUGGAGAGGAAGGAGCAGCAGCAGCAGCGAAGCCCCCAGGGUCUGAGUGACACGGGCUACUCAUCUGACGGGAUCUCCAGCUCCCUGGGUGAGACCACCAGUAUGGUGCCGGGCGAGGAGAGUGGACUGUUGAGGGAGCCGGCCAGGCUGGAGUCGGUAUCUCAGGAGAGCAGCCCCUCCAGCCCAUCAGACCUGGCCAAGCUUGAGAGCACGGUCCUCUCCAUCUUGGAGGCACAGGCCGGGGUGCGGGGCAGCGAGAGACCCGGCCAGGGGCUGUACGGAGAGCAGGAGAGAGACCGUCACAGGCCCAGGACACUGUCCAUCACCCCAGAGUCCUACAGCUCGGACGAGGAGGACCUGGAGGACAUCCAAGAGGAGGAUGAGGAGACCCUGGAGGAAGAUGGAUCUCCGAGGAAGGAGCGUAGGGAAGGCAGUGGUCUCCUGGACGAGGCCGGGGACCGGAGACAGAGAUACGACUCUCUGGAGGACAGCAGCGAGAGCGAGAACUCGCCCAGACCUCAGCGCCGGGGGGCGGGGGCAAGGAGGGUCAGCAUGGGCUCCUCCAGCAGCAGCCCAGCCUCGGCCGAUGAGGAGGGGGACGUGGAGGACUUCAUCCGCAAGCAGAUCAUCGAGAUGAGCGCUGAGGAAGAGGAGGACGAUGAAGAGGCCUCGGAUGAAGAGGACUACAUCCGCAGGCAGCUGAGGGAGAUCGGAGGGAAGGAGGGGAGCAAAGCGCAGGUGGUCAAGCAUCGACGGCUGGUCAGGAAAAGCCCGGCCGGGCACGAGGAAGAGUCUGGAAGGAGGCAUUCCUGGCAUGACGAUGACGAGGAGGAUCUGGGAGACUACGACAAGAGCCCCGGGGGAGUCAAGUACCGGGAGACCAAAAGCCAAGAGAACGAGGAGAUGUCCACCCAGGCCGGCGGGGGUCUGAGACGUUUCAAGACCAUCGAUCUCAACAGCUCCAUAUCCCAGAGGAAGCCAGAGGAGGAUGAACCUGAGCUGGAGAUGGAGAGCUUGACGGACUCUCCCGAGGACAGGUCCAAGGGCGAUGCUUCGUCCAGCCUCCACGCCACGUCUAGUUUCACCCCGGGCACCUCGCCCACCUCUGUGUCCUCCCUGGACGAGGAUAGCGACAGCAGCCCCAGCCACAAGAGGGCGGCAGGCGACAGCAAACAGCAACAACAACGCAAAGCUAGACACCGCUCACAUGGUCCUCUCUUGCCGACCAUCGAGGACUCCUCGGAGGAAGAGGAGAUGAGGGAGGAAGAAGAACUUCUGAGGGAACAGGAGAAGCAGAGGGAGCGGGAGAUGGAGCAACAACAACAACAGCAACAGCAGAGGAAAGGCUCGAGCAAGAAGUCCAAGAGAGACAAGGAUGAGUUGAGGGCUCAGAGGAGGAGGGAACGCCCCAAGACCCCGCCCAGUAACCUGUCGCCCAUUGAGGACGCCUCUCCCACCGAGGAGCUGAGGCAAGCGGCCGAGAUGGAGGAACUCCACCGAUCCUCCUGCUCCGAGUACUCGCCCAGCUUGGAGUCAGAGCCCGAGGGCUUCCAGAUCAGCCCUGAGAAGAUCCUGGAGGUGAGGAAGGUCUACCAGUUGCCCACUUGCGUCUCACUCCACUCGCCCACAGAGGAGAAGCCUCACAAGUUGCCGGGGCUGGCAGAGAGGUUCCUGAGGAGCGCCGAGGAGGCUUAUGAGCAGAUCGUGCAGAAGCCGUCGGACAGGGACGCCAAGAAGGUGGAGGUGGUGGUGGCAGCAGAGAAGGAGCCGCUGUACGGUGGGAUGCUCAUCGAGGAUUAUAUCUACGAGUCUCUGAUGGAGGACGGCUAUGCCGCCGGCUCCGGGCCAGACCCUGACGACGGGAUAAGCCGGAACGCCGAGCUCGGAGUCCGGGAAGAGGCGGCGAGGAAGCUGAGAUCUCCAGAUGAGGUCUAUGAGGAGAUGGCCAGGAGGAAAGUUGCAGGGCGCACCCUGGAGGGAGCGGGCGAGGGCGGUCUGCCGGCACGGCAAGCCGAGAGUCCGGCCAGCCUCCCCGCCUCGCCGGAACCACCCGCCGGGAACCAGAGACGCCUCCUGGACGCUGACGCGGCUUACGAGGAGCUGAUGAGGAGGCAGCGAGCUAUACUGACCCCCGGCACCAGCCCCACCCAGCCCUGCUCCCCCGAGGACACACCCGUCCCCGCCCCCGCCCCCGCCCCCAGCCCCGCCACCCCCAUCAAGGCCAGAGCCACGCCCCCAACACACGCCAUCCCCGACGUGAGGAUCACCCAACACUUCACCGUGGAGGAGGAGGAGGAGGAGGUGGUGGUGGUGGAGGCGCGAGAGGAAGAGGCGAAGGAAGGGGAGGGGAGGAAGGGCAGAGUCGUGGCGGCACAGAGUCAGGCAAAACCCGCACUUACUUCAGCACCCAGUGCCUCGCCGCCAGCCGCCUCGGCCUUGGGCUCAGUCACCGGGAGGAGAGAGGGAGCUGUGAGGGAAGGGGAUUCGGUGUCGGUCACAAUCCCUCAUGCAGGCGUUGGUGACGUGAGACCGAGCUCAGCCCCGAGCCCGGUCACACCGCACUCCACCACGACUAAACCCACGCCCACACCCUCCACACCCACCAAACCAUCGCCCGCCCCAGACCACGUGGUCAUAUCGGUGCCCCCCGCCUCGGAGACCACCACCACCGUCACCGCGCUCCCGUCAAACGUAACCUUCCCGCAACGCCAAGGGCAGCACCGGGCACCGCGCCCACCUCCUCCUCCUCCUCCUUGGCACACACCGCCACCAAUCCCCUCCCCACCCCCGCCCCCACCCUUACCGCCCCCCAAUGCCAUCGCCAUCCCCAAGCCGUUCGUGACACCGAAAAGGAAACCCCCAGUGCGGGGAGUGGGACCCUCGCCGGUUACACCAACAACCACCAAGCACCAUCACCCGUCACCGCCUCCCGUCCCACCGAAACCGGCAAAUAUCCCCGGUUUGGUGUACACGCCUCGCCCCUCCGUCCCCCCCAAACCCUCGCUGCCCCGUCUCCCCGUGACCUCCCACAAGCCCGCCCAGAGCCAAGGGGUGGUCAAACCAUCCUCAACCCCCACCUCCUCGUCACUGUCCCUCAACCUGGUCUCUCCCGGCGAUCACCGGCUGUUCAUGUCAUCCCCAACUUCGCCCAAGUCCUCCGUCCACCCGCAGACCGCUGCCUAUGUGGUCAUCACCCUGCCCUCUGAGCCCAGCACCCCCACCGAGCCGGUCAGCCGGCUGGUACAGAGCACCGCGCCCACACCCGGCUCCGUGUCCGUCCCCCCACCGCUGGUCAGCUCCGCGAUGCCCUUCCCCAAACCUCCCGAGCCGGGCGGUGGAGCCGGUUAUGUCCUCCCUUACACUCAUGCUCACGUGGCAAUGGAGCUGAACUGGAGCUCUCGGCCGGACCCAGUGACGGUGAGGGACAGGAACAGACUGCCCUCGGAGCUGGCUGGUGCUCUGGAGAGGUUCUCGGGCCGGGAGGACAUGCCGUUUUCCGGGGACUCGGAGGCGGUCGUUGACCUCCGCACGCUCUCGGCUCUGGACUUUGCCGAGCGCGGGGUGGACCUGUCCACCGGCCCCUCAGACACCAGGAAGCAGGAGUCGUCGGCAAACACCACCAGCAGUGCCGUGCACACCGCCAUCGUCAACCUGAGCACCGGGGCCCAACCCCAGCCUCCACCACCUCCUCCCCCUCCACCGCCACCGCCCCUCGUCAACGGGCACUGCGCCGCCGUGACCUAUGACGCCUCUUUCCCAGUGGACCUCGUUCGCUCGGUCACCGUGCCACUGCCUCUCCAGCUCAUGGCUGAGCCGGCAAUCAGGGCUUGCGUCCUAGCCCAGUCCGCCGGCGAGACCCCCAUCAACCUUUCGUGCGCGAUGGCCGGGGAGAAGUGGGUGACAACGGGGGCCAAACCAGUGACGACAGCGCCGAACGGCUGGGCGGAGCCGGAGAUGGCGGCAGUAGACCUGAGCACGGGCAAACCUCUACGGUUGAUGGUGGCUGUGGACGGGCUGACGGGUGUUGUGACCACCAGCGCCGAGGAGGAAGAUAAGCCGGUGGACCUGACUGCCGGCCGGCGCAGCGUGUGCUGUGACGUGGUCUACCGCUUGCCGUUCGGCCGCAGCUGCUCGGCGCUGGGCGUGGCGCCCGAGGAGGAACGGUACGGCUACCGAGGAGGUUACCGAGACCUGGCCAUGAAGCCGUCCAUGUCCGACACCGACCUGACCCAGGCCGGACUCUUCCUGUACCAUAGCCAGCAGCCGGUGACGGACACCGCUGUGGACCUGACGUCGGGCAGAGGGACGGCAGGUCAAGUAAUGGACUAUACGUCAACCAUCACCGAACUCCAAGACCAAGGAUAUCCGGAGACACGGCAGGUGAUUUCAGCCGGUGGGGUGUCUGUAGCCCCCCAGUAUCCCCAGGCUCGGAUGGCCAUGUCUGUAGGGGGUCACUACGGGCUGCCCAGCAUCCUGAGGUCCUCAGGAGGGGUGGUCUACUCCUCCGUCGCUACCCCAAUCCCCUCCACUUUCGCCAUCACCACCCAACCAGGUUCCAUCUUCUCCGCGCCUCUGGGUGUCCACGCGUCCGAGCCUGGCCUGGUCCAGCCAGUCACCGUGGGCUUCCAGCUCGAGCCGGUGGGAUCGGGGGCGGGACCGCUCCCUGGCGCACCCCCGGAGUUGGAAGAACUGGUGGGGGGUGGGGUCUCGGAGACCAUCUUUGGGGAGACGGAGUUGGCUCAAACCUUGGCGAGCGAGCUGGGCUCCUCCGCCCUGGACUCUCCCGGCUCCUCCGAGCUCCUGGUGAUGGAGCGGGAGAUCCUGGAGUUCGAGAAGAGGAAGCAGCUGCGGUUGGCGGAGGAGCUGGAGAGGGAACGCCAGGAGAUCCAGAUCUUCAGGGAGCACGAAAAGCUCAUUGUCCAACGGGAACUCCAGGAACUGCAGUCCAUGAAACAGCAGCUGCUCUAUCAGCAGGAGGAGGAGCGACAAGUCCACUUCAUGAUGCAACAGGAGACCAUUGUCCAACAGCAACUGCAGCUGGAGCAGAUCCAACAGCUUCAGCAGCAACUGCAGCAACAGCUCGAGGAGCAGAAGAUACGACGGAUUUACCAAUACACCACCAACGCACAAGGGGUUGGCGAGUUGGCCACCGAGGCCGGGCAGGAUUGGUACCCGGCAUCAGCCAUAGUGCCGGACCCCCCCCAACCCCCUCCCCAGGCCCCUCCUCAGGCCCCGCCCCCACCCAGGUCCCGCUUACACGGCUCCGUCUCGGAGAUAUCCCUGCGGGAGGCGGACCUGAGGGAGGGCCGGCCCCUGAGGAAGAGGGGCUAUGCCCGCCUGCGAAGCGGCCAGUACGCGGACGACUCCGAGCCGGGUCCUCGGGACGAGCACAGGACUUGCAGGAAGAUCGUGAGCAGCGGCGUCCAGACCGACGACGACGACGAGGAGGAGGAGGAGGAAGGGGAGGGGGAGGAAGGCGAGCGCUGCUACACCGGGCGACGACGAAGGUCCAGGAAGAGCGUGGACACCAGCGUGCAGACGGACGACGAGGACAACCAGGAGAGCUGGGACAUUCCCGCCAGGAGGAGGCGUUCACGAGGGGCCAAGUACCAAGACUCCGGCAGCGCCGAGCCAGACAAGAACAAGCGACCGCACGCCUACGGCAAACUCGGCCAAAUCUCCGUCCAGACCGUGGCCGAGAUCUCAGUGCAGACGGAGCCAGAGGGGAGCCUGGGCUCGAGGUUCCCCUCCAUCCGGGCCAGGGUGGACCCCACAAGGGGGGAGUCCAAGGUGGAGAUAGUCAAGCACAUCUCAGCGCCAGAGAAAACCCGCAAGGGCGAGAGUUUGGCCUGUCAGACAGACACCGACUCAGACAUGCAGAGCCCACAGUAUCUGAACCACCAGACAGCGAGCGUCACCUCGCCCCCCAGGCCGGACAAGAAGCGACCGACGCCCCUGGAGAUCGGUUACUCCAACCAGCUGCGGGCGGACUCCUCGCUCCAGGUUGUCCCCUCCCCGCCCAAGUCGCCCAAGGUUCUCUACUCCCCCAUCUCGCCCAUGUCCCCCGGCAAGGAGAUGGAGACCAGCUUUGUGCCCUAUGAGAAGGGGGUGGCCGUUGACCUGAGCGUCCCCAUGGUGGCGACCCCCGAGCCGGCCAGGAGCCAACCCUCCAGCCCCAGGACCAUCAAGAUGAUGCAGAGAUCCAUGUCUGACCCCAAACCACUCAGCCCCACCGCGGAGGAGAGCUCACGGCUCCACUUCCAAUACUCUGACGGGUACUCGGAAUUUUACAUCACAUUGGAUUCGCUUCACGAGGGCAAACGAUUCUUCGCGACGACUCAGCAGAGGUUUGAUGACAUCGUCGGCGUGCACGCGGCGCCAACAAUUCCACGUGGCAGGAGCGCUGCUACCGAUGCCUCGAGAGUAACGUACACCGUAACCCGUGUGACGCACCGCGCACGCAAUUCGACCAGUCAUCAGCUGAGCCUGAUGCGACAAGAGUCUGAGUUGUAGACAUUUCAACGUGGUACAGAGUUCAAGCUGAUGCUGGAUAAAUUGCAGAAAGGGCCCCGCGGCCGCCCGCGCCAUGCCCAUGGGCUGGCCCACGGGACUCAGAGGGCUCUCUUCCUCCGAGUUCUGGGCUACGAUGGGGAUCCUCCCCUUGCUUUGGCUGAUGAUGAGAUUGGGCGGCUUGCACCUCAGUUUCACCCCGGCGGCUCCCGGCACGUACGAGCUCAUGUCCAGCGCGUCGCCAUCUUUGGCCCCCGUCGUCGCCGCCGCCGCGGCCUGCAGCUCGUGCUUAGUCAUGGUCAGGUCGAGCCCGUGAACCGACGAUGGCCGGAGCGGGUCAGCUCGAUGCCGUACACGGACGAGGGCCGAGAACCGGCGCCUUCCAUCCUGCUGUACACCGACCUUGGCCGAGAGCGAGUGCCGGUGCUGCUCAAUAAGUCAAGCUCGUUCGUGUGUCCCCUCGUCGUGAGCACCGAGAGCUUCUGCUGCUCCUGGAUAUUCUUCCUGAGGCCGUACGUGAUGUCUCCCUGCAGCUUCUUGGCUCGCAUCACAACGGUGGAUGCCGCCUCCGUGGCCGGAGUCGUGCUUGGGGUCCAAGUUGAUCAGCUGGGAAUGCCGGGGCUUCUGCGCGAAGUGCGGCUGGUGGUGCGGGUGCAUCGUGUGGCCCUGCGCAUAGUAGGACGUGCCCGGCGUGGCUUGAUACCCAGGCUGAGGGCCCGUGGCCAUCUGGAAGCUCGUCGUGUGGUAGGGAGCGUGAUGGCUUCCCAAUGUCGGGGCGCCUGCUGCAGGUACGAAUUACUCGGCUGCGUGGUGGCGCCGGGGGUGUGCGAGAACUCGAUGUUGAGCGAGUGGCGUGCGUUCGGAGCCAGGUACUGGGCGUACUGGUGCUGCGGCGCCGUCCUUGGCCGCUCGCCCUGGCGGCCGCCCUCCGCCACGGUGCCACGGAUGUUACUGACCUCGCUGUCUGACAUCUUCGACGACUCCUUCUCCACAAUCUCGAGCUCGCGGUCGAUGUCCUGGAUGAGCUUGGCACGGGCCAUGGUGCUCGUGCGCCCGAUUCGCUUGCGCGGGAUGGACGCGACGAACGAGAGCGAGUUUGCGGAGCUGGGCAAUGGGCUGGGGAUGAAGAUCGUCGGUGGGAAAGAGAUCCCGACCAGGAACGGGGAGAUGGGAGCGUACGUGGCCAGGAUCCUGCCGGGAGGCACGGCGGAACAGACCGGAAUCCUUUCCGAAGGAAUGCAAGUGCUGGAAUGGAACGGGAUUCCUUUGACGGGAAAAACCUAUGAGGAGGUGCAGUCGGUCCUCACAGUACCCACAGGGGAAGCUGAAAUAUGUGUAAGACUAGAUGUCAACAUGCUGUCAGGCUCAGAAAGUAUCCAACACCUGGAUUUACACAGCCCAGCCAAGGCUGGAGAAAAACAAAAGUCUCCCGGAGUUGAUCCCAAACAGCUGGCAGCCGAGCUGCAGAAGGUGUGGCAACAGAUGCCUUCAGGCUCAGAGCGAGCUGCGCACAGUCACUCCACCACCACCUCAGCCGGCUCCAGCACCAUCCCCAGCCCCGGUCAGCCCGGCUCACCCGCUAUCAACAAGAAACGGCACAGCACUAAGCCUUCCGAUGCCACAAGCAAGUCACGUCCGAUCAGUGGUGAAAUUCAGCUACAAAUGAACUAUGACAAGCAGGUUGGUAACCUGGUGAUUCACGUGCUACAGGCUCGGAGCCUGGCGUCCCGGGACACCAACGGCUAUUCCGACCCGUUUGUUAAAGUCUAUCUGCUGCCAGGAAGAGGCCAAGUUAUGGUUGUCCAGAACGCAAGUGCAGAGAAUAAGCGCAGAACCAAACACUUACAGAAGAGCUUGAACCCCGAGUGGAAUCAGACUGUGAUCUACAAGAACAUCUCCAUGGAGCAGCUCAGAAAGAAGACGCUGGAGGUUACAGUGUGGGACUACGAUCGAUUCUCCUCCAAUGAUUUCCUGGGUGAAGUGCUAAUUGACCUGUCCAACACCUCCCACCUGGACAACACCCUCCACUGGUACCAGCUGAAGGAGCAGAGUGAGAGCAUCGAGCACGCUCGCUCCCAGUCUGGUCAGAGCAGCCAACAGACGCCCAAGACGUCCGUCAUCAAGAGUCGGAGCCAUGGUAUCUUUCCGGAUCCUUCAAAAGAGAUGCACGUGUCGACCAUGGAGAAGUCCCAGAGCAGCCCCGUCAGCUCCAAGUCCUCGUCCGAGGGCCACCUGCGCUCCCACGGGCCUUCGCGGAGCCAGAGUAAGAGCAGCGUCACCCAGACACACCUGGAGGACGCAGGAGCUGCCAUCGCUGCUGCCGAAGCUGCCGUCCAGCAACUGCGAUUCCAGCCAACGAGGACGGCCAAUCACAGAAACAGCGAGUCCUCCUUCUCCACCAUCUCCUCGGUCAGCAGUGUGGGCAGCGGCUACAGCGUGGACAGCGAGGGCAGCUCCACAGGGGGCGACAGCAACGUCUUCACCACCCCGCGCCUGGGGAAGAUGAGCCAGGACGCUGAGUCUCCACUGAAAGGGGAAAAGCAAAAGGUGUCUGACCAGCUGAAGGGGCCAGUGAUGGGCUUAGCGGACAGUGAAGGGAAAACCCAGGUCAUGGGAGAGAUUAAAAUAGCCGUGAAGAGGGAGAUGAAGACAGAUGGAGAGCAGCUGGUUGUGGAGAUACUGCAAUGUCGAAAUAUCACCUACAAAUUCAAGUCUCCCGAUCACUUACCAGACCUAUACGUGAAAUUGUACGUCAUAAACGUUUCGAGUCAGAAGCGGGUGUUUAAGAAGAAGACCCGAGUCUGCCGGCACGAUCGGGAGCCGAGCUUCAAUGAGACGUUUCGUUUCAGCCUCAAUCCGUCCGGGCACUCACUGCAGAUCCUGCUGAUUUCCAACGGCGGGAAGUUCAUGAGGAAGACUCUGAUUGGGGAGGCUUACGUCUGGCUGGACAAGGUGGACCUGAGGAAGCGAGCGGUCAACUGGCACAAGUUGCUGGUCAGCUCUCUGGACAGCCAGCGGGCGCUGGGCACCACCACCCCAUUAAACUGACCCCAUCUCUGUGCCAACUGUAGAAAAUACAAACCAAGUUCUCUCUCGGUCUCCGUGUUACUGUACAGCUGCGUUCUUUUGGAAGGGCUAACUGGACCGUGCCCGGCCUGUUUGGACGGUGACAAAUGGUGCCUCAUGACUGAGGCCUAGGGUAGUUCAGGCUUCAGGUAGGCCGUCGUAUCUACUUGGCCGGGAGUGAGUGCAAUCAAGGAAUAACUGGGCUGUUCUGUUUGUAUCAACCACCAUGUGUGUAAGUGUGAAGAGCGCAGUGGUGUAAGGAGUAGCCUGAUGUUUGUUGGCCGGUGCUAAGUAACGCACUAGAUUUUAAAGGCCAGUUGAGAUAAAGGAAAUUACCACUGACAUAAAGGAAAGAGCUCUGCGUGGGUGGAGCGAUGGUUUUAAAGCAGGACAACUCCACACAGGCGGAGAGAUUAAAGGGCACCGCUUGUGAACCCUGUUUCCCCUCCCCGCACAUUACAACCACACACAACAGACCUCUAGUAUUUUUUUGUUGUGUGUGUGAGUGUUUCUAUAUGUCCGUAUGAUGGUUGUGAAGAAACCCAUUGCAAUUUGUCUUGUUCACACAGUAAAAUCUCGGUAACUCUGGAAGUUUAAAAAAACACAAGUAUUCAGGUUUGUUUGAUGUGUUAAAUGUCAAAGGGAGGAAAUGGAACUGUGGGAGGAGGGAGAGCGAUGGAUGCACGUCGAAAGUUUGCUGCGUUAGCACUGAGGAAAGACCUGGAAAUGUGUUUUGAGUAGAGUCCGUUGGGUUUAUUUGGUGGCUUUGUAAUGGCAUUUGGAACCUCUGAUUAACUGACGAAGGCAGAAACCAGAGGCGCCCAGUUUAUUUAUUGACAGAGAAGCAGAGAUGGGUUGUAUUUGGCUGCGGGCAUCUAAAGCCCACAUAAAAACUUUCCUUCCUGCCAGAAUGACUUUAGUUUUGAUAUGUCGGCGACAAGUGCCAAGACAGCGGCACUGUGUGGGGUUUGAGGGAAGUCGGCGGAGGAGAUGGGGGCUGGGGGCAAAGCUGCGAAGUUCAGGAAAUCUUCCGUUGACAGUGAGGUCUUUCCCCUCCCAUUAUUUGCGGUACAGAAAGAUACUGGGAAAAAUAUGGUUCUCAUUUGGCAAGGUCACUCUUAUCUCUACAAAGUACUUUGAGGCAUUCUCCGAUGGGAAAGACGCUCUGCAAGAGCAAAUUGUUACUGUUGUUGAUUAGGUGGUUCAAGAGGGGAAAAGCCCAAAGCACGGCCUUUCCUGUGCUAUAAUGUUCGGUGUUUAUGGGCUGGGGGCUGUACUUGUUGAAUGUUUUCUACCCUGGCUUGUUCCUGUGGGUGGAAGUGCAUGUCUCAGUGGACUUGUCGUACUGUCACCUUUGUUCGGUGUUCAAUUGGUUUCGGUCACUGCUCAAGUCUUAUUUAAGGUACGUCCCCGCAGUUCUAUGAGAUAAUAAAUAUAUUUUUGGGUGUGCGUGCGUCAAUGGGGGAGGGAGAAAGAUAACAGAGUCAUCCCUCAGAGGGUGAAUUGUGUAGGUUAAGAGUUUGGUAUAUGCUUCCAAAUCGUGCAUUGUCUGAUCUAUAAAUAUAUACAUAUAUCUAUAUAAAAGAAAAACUGCUUAGUUUGUCAGGAGGUACUCUAUGCAAAAACAGACUCUAUUGGACUGAAGACGAUAUGGCAGGAGGGCGAGGAGGCUGAGAGUAAAAAGCACAUUGUGGGUAUUUACAGUAUAAUGGGCGUUCCAAUGCAGGGACAUUGACACUAGAGUGAGGGGAGCCUGUCAGGACACUGGAUACCUACCUACUGUCCCUCUGCAAGAGUGGAGGGCACAAAGAUUCCCGGGCUGACUGACCGACCGACAGACAGCAGGAGUACAGAGCACUGAGCCCCGAAACCCUUCGUGGUCCACGCGUUUUGAAGUCCUUUUCGUUUGCCUCCUCGGGGACCUGUUUAUCCGAAGACACCACGACCGAUGCAAGAGCGACACUCAAAGUUUGUUCUUUCUCCAAAGCGCUGCCGUCUGGCUUUCGACGUGCAGCCAUGCAUUUUUCCUUGGACCGGCUGUGAUAGCGACACCGUGUCCUGUGGGUGGCAUAGCGGUUAUCAACGGCAGAUUUUUUUUUGUGGUAGCUAUUGAACGCCGUGAUGUAGCAUUUCAUACAGUGUGUGUUAGGCAUUAGACGGAUGUUAUGAGCAAGUCACUCGCCAAUGGUGAGGUUCCAACAAACUGGAAGCAAAGCAAAUGUUUUAAUGCAUGUUUCACCUGAAUUUCCUUUUUUUGUAAUCCUAAUUUACGGUAAGCAAUUGCGAGGGGAAAUAUGCUCGAGAAGCACAACUAAAUAACGAUUGAUCUUUGUGUUCUGCAACCCAAUGUUAUUGAAAAGGGGUUACCCAACUCAGUGCCAAUAGCUCCCAACGAUAUCACACUUUAUUUCCGGGUUCGUAAGGCACACAUCGAAGCAUUCAUUGACUUGGUGGCCUCUAAUUAUAAUUUUUUUAUUAUUAAUAUAUAGUUUAUUAAAACAAAGACUGCCCUAAACACUUAAAACUCGGGAAGUUUCAAACAAAAACACAAUUUAAAUAUUCUCAAAAAGACGUUCAUUCGCGUUUUAAGAGUCAAAAUUUCGAAAAGGAAACCCUUUUCCUUCCGA